AUGAGUGAGCUCCAGAAAUCUUUCGCCAAGGCAAAACUAGCCAAACUGCCUUCCGAAGCUCCUAUGACCCCUGAGCAGCCGGCCGGGGGGUCUACUAUGCAUCCCAUCGGGGAAAGCGAUAAUGAUAGUUCUGAUGCUUCGUCUACGGCUACUGCUGUUCCUUCGCCUACGAGGCAGUUGUUUGCGAGGCCAAGUCGAGGAUCCCAAUCCUCAACAUCCCUAACCUGGACCGACUUCUUCACCCAAGAACUGCACCUCACUCAAAUCAUCCCCUCCACAAACCUCCGCAUCACCCACCAUGUGUACCUAAUACCACCCUCAAACUCAGGCCCCCUAUUCGUAAUGCACCACGGCGCCGGCUCCUCUGGCCUCUCCUUUGCGGUGUGCGCAGAGGAAAUCCGUAAAAUCCUGCCCAAGGCUGGUAUUUUGUCCCUUGAUGCGCGGGACCAUGGCAAUACGGAAGUUAGCAGGAUUGAUUCUUCUGCUGGGAAGGGCGAUACGGAGAUUGAGAUUGAUUUGACGCUUGAGACGCUUAGUCGGGAUUUGGAGUUUGUUAUUCGUGAAACGCAGGCGAAGAUGGGCUGGGAGAGUCUUCCGGAUAUCGUCCUUGUGGGACAUAGUCUAGGAGGUGCUGUUGUUACUGAUGUCGCUAAGAAAGGGGACCUGGGUCAGAAGUUACUAGCGUAUGCCGUUCUGGAUGUCGUCGAAGGUUCCGCAAUGGACGCCCUCCAGAGCAUGGAGAAGUAUCUCGCAACCCGCCCAACCCGGUUUCCCUCUCUGUCAUCUGGAAUAGAAUGGCAUACGCGCUCCCGCACAAUCCGCAAUAGAACCUCAGCUCGUGCCUCUGUGCCAUCCCUCCUCUAUGAAGAAGACGCGCCUACUGACCCCUCCCGCCCCUGGCUCUGGCGGACAAACUUAAACGACACAAAACCUUUCUGGGAGAACUGGUUCAUCGGACUAAGUCGGAAAUUCCUCGAAGCGCGCGGUGGGAAGCUGCUUAUUCUGGCUGGGACGGAUCGGUUGGACAAGGACUUGAUGAUUGGGCAGAUGCAGGGGAAAUUCCAACUCCAGAUCUUCCCUGAAGCAGGACACUUUAUACAAGAGGAUCAGCCGGCUAAGACGGCGCAAGUCCUUGUGGAUUUCUAUAAGCGGAAUGAUCGCAGUGCCCUGGUGCUUCCACCCAAGGUGGCUGACAUGCAGGCAUCUGCGGCUAUGAACAAGAGUGCUGGUGGCCAGCAGGGUUCGAUAAGGAAAUCAUAA